GGCGAUUUAGAGCUAUUGGGAUUUUGCAAGCUGCGCGGCCGCUUAUUGUUUAGCGUAUAUCCAUUUUUUAACCAAAUUUAUUAAAAAUCAAAACAAUGUUGAAGCAAGUGACCAAACAAUUGGCGCUGCAGGGCGUGCGCAGCUUUUCGGUUGGCCAACAGAACAACUACAAGGUGACCGUUUGCGGCGCCGCUGGCGGCAUUGGACAGCCGCUGUCGCUGCUGCUCAAGCAGAAUCCCUUGGUCACCGACCUCUCGCUCUACGAUAUUGUGCACACACCCGGCGUCGCUGCCGAUUUGUCGCACAUCGAUACCAAGAGCAAGACUGCUGGUUUCAUUGGCGCUGACCAGUUGGGCGAUUCGCUCAAGGGCUCCGAUGUCGUUGUCAUACCCGCCGGUGUGCCACGUAAACCUGGCAUGACCCGUGAUGAUCUGUUCAAUGUCAAUGCUGGCAUCAUCAAGGACAUUUCCAACUCCAUUGCCAAGAACUGCCCCAAGGCUUUGGUGGCCAUCAUCACGAAUCCCGUCAACACCUGUGUGCCCAUUGCUGCCGAGGUUUUGAAGAAGGCUGGCGUGUACGAUCCCAAGCGUCUGUUUGGUGUUUCCACCUUGGAUGUGGUGCGUGCUCGUGCUUUCAUUGGUCAUGCUCUUGGUGUCGAUCCCCAGAGCGUGCAGAUUCCCGUGAUUGGCGGUCACUCCGGUGUCACCAUUCUGCCAGUGCUGUCCCAGAGCCAGCCUCAGUUCAAGGGCAACCAGGAGACCAUUGAGAAGCUGACCGUGCGCAUUCAGGAAGCCGGCACUGAGGUCGUCAAGGCCAAGGCUGGCGCUGGUUCCGCCACUUUGUCGAUGGCUUAUGCUGGCGCCCGUUUCGCUGGCUCCCUGCUGAAGGGUCUCAACGGCGAAACGAACGUCAUUGAGUGCUCUUAUGUGCAGUCCAGCAUUACUGAGGCUACCUUCUUCUCCACACCUUUGUUGUUGGGCAAGAAUGGUCUGCAGGAGAACUUGGGUCUGCCCAAGCUGAACGACUACGAGAAGAAGCUGUUGGAGGCUGCCAUUCCUGAGCUCAAGAAGAACAUCCAGAAGGGCAUCGAUUUUGCCAACGCUUAACCUGUAUGAGAUCACAGCUCUUCACUAGCCAAGUCAAGUCAACUCUUUCCCAAAAAUUAUAAGAAACCCGUUUCCAUCAUGAGACAUCAUCUUUCAGUUUUCAUCACACCCAACAUAAUUUCUAUUGGUUGUUUACUUAGAAGAAUCGUUCGUUUUAAGUUGAAAAGUGUACAAUAUUCGUCUGCCCAAAGAUAAUGCAGCCGGUAAUGGAAGCAGUUGAUACUUAAAAACUAAUAAAUUACCAAAUUAAUACGAAUAUAA